AUGGAAAAUUUUAAGAAGGGUGAUAUUAUAACGUUUACUGAUGAGGGAUCUCAGUUGUUUGGGGAAGUUUUGCAUGUGAAAAAUGAUGGGUUGGAUGUUAAAAUUGUAAUGGAUAAAGAGGAGAAAAUUAUGCGAGUACCGUACGCUCGCAUUCAGAAGGGGGCCAAAUAUUCAGUAGAAGAUAUGGAUAACAUGGUCAACCUACCGAAUAUGUCUGCCGUUUCGAUGCUGGAAACUUUGAAGCUGCGCUAUUCAAGAUCAAAAAUAUACACAUACAUUGGAAAUAUUGUUAUUUCUGUUAAUCCAUAUAAAGAUCUUCUGAUAGAUGGGCCAGAAGUAAUGGUGAAGUACUUCAACCGAAUGCUAACAAGUGCCCCAGCACAUUUAUACGGGCUUGCUGAAACACUUUACCAAGCAGCUGUAAGGAAUGAAUGCGAUCAAAUUGUUGUUAUAAGCGGGGAAUCUGGGUCAGGCAAAACAGAAGCAUUUAAACGAAUUACACAGUAUCUAGCAUGCACUAGUGAACAAGGAAGAAAUGGUUUGAGUUCCGUAGCAAGACGAGUUUUGGAAAGCACUCCAGUCCUCGAGAGUUUCGGAAAUGCUACUACUCUCAGGAAUGACAAUUCAUCAAGAUUUGGAAAGCUUGUGGAAAUAUUCUUUGCAAAAUCGAUGAUAAUUGGAGCGAAAAUCACCAACUUUCUACUAGAAAAAUCUAGAAUAGUGGGUCAGCCUGAAAAAGAACGCAACUAUCAUGUUUUCUAUGAACUAUUGAGUUCACUAGACAAUGAAAGCAAGGCUAAACAUCAUCUUAAGAAUGUAGAAGACUAUCAAUAUCUUGUGAAGGGAUCAAGAUGUACGUUUACAAGUCAUUCAGAUCCGGAUGGCUUAUCAAUGCUACUGGAAAGUUGGCGUACACUAGGUCUGCCACAAGAUGAAAUGGAUUUAUGUCUGCGAGUAGUAUCUGCUGUGUUACAUCUUGGAAAUAUUAAUUUUAAAAGUGAUUUUGACAAGGAUAAAACGUCAAUUAUAAAUACGAAUGUUGCUGAAAUUGCAGCUUCAGAGCUUGGUGUUGAUGUAAAUGAACUUAUCAAAGUGAUUACUAUGAAAUUAACAGAAACAUCUAUUGAUAGCCUUUGGAGUCCAGUCAAUGCUGCUGGUGCAAUAGUUAAUCGUGAUUCUAUCGCUAAAAGUCUUUAUGUAGAGUUUUUCGACAGAUUAGUUGAAGCAAUCAACGUGAAAAUUGCACCAUCCGACUAUUUGGAUCCUGAUACAAAAUCAUCAAUUCGUGCAAUCGCUUUGUUGGAUAUUUAUGGUUUUGAGAAUCUUCCAAAUAAUUCAUUAGAACAAUUUUGUAUUAAUUAUACAAAUGAAAAUUUACAACAAUUUUUUAAUCACUACAUUUUUGAAUUGGAACAAGAAGAAUAUCGUUCGGAGAAUAUUAGUUGGCAAUAUGUUCAAUUUCCUAAUAAUCAGCCAAUUAUUGAUUUGAUAGCUGGUAAACCAAAUGGAAUAAUGCAUAUAUGUAAUGAUGAAGCUAGUUUAGCAACGGGAACUGACGAGUCAUUUCUACGACAGUGUCAACAUCAUCAUCAAAAGCAUCCGAAUUUCAAAGUGAACAAAGUACAUGGAAAUAGUUCAUUCACUAUUGUUCAUUUUGCUGGGGAAAUUGUUUACGAUGUACGUGGAUUUGUUAAUAAAAAUCGUGAAAAAAUUCGUAGUGAAUUAUUAACUUUAUUAACAAAAAGUACAAAUCCAUCAGUUGCAAAAAUGUUUCGUAAUAUUCAAUCUCAACGGACUGGUGUAAAUGGUUCAGGUCCAAAGUUAAAAACAUCUAUGGUUUUGACAACAAUGAAUAAUUCACUUCAACAGUUAAUGGAGAAAAUGAGAGCGAAUAAACCAAGUUUUGUACGCUGUAUUAAACCAAAUAUGAAAAAGGAACCAAUGGUAUUCGAUGAUGCUAUUGUUAUGGAUCAACUUCGCUACGGUGGUGUAUUAGAAACUGUAAGAAUCAGAAAAUCUGGCUUUCCUGUUCGUGUCAGUUAUCAGUAUUUUAUUGAACGAUACUCAUUUCUUCUUAACCAUGAGAAGAGAAUACAACUGAAAAGAAUAACAGAUUCACGUGAAGCAGUCGCUUGGAUAUUAAUGAAUAUAACUAUCCCAUUUGGUAAUCAGGCACCAAUUCAAAAAUGUGUUGACUAUGAAUUCGGCAAGACUAAAUUAUUCCUACGGAAUCAAUUAGCUGUUAAUUUAGAAUCUCUUCGUACAAUUAAAGAAUUGUGUGCUGCUCGAACAAUUCAGAGAGCUUGGAGACGCCGAGAUAAUGGUUUAAUUGAAAGAGCACGUCGUAAUGCAGCUAGAGUUAUUCAAGCUUGGUAUAGAGGAUAUUUAACAAGACGUACUCAUGCUGAUGUUGUAGAAUAUUUAUCAAAUAGAAACAAGGAGCAACCGGUCAGUGUACCACCAGAAGAAAUACAGAAAAGUGGAAAACCUGUAAAAUCGUUAACUGAAUACGAAAUAAAACGUUUAGAAGUUCCCGGUGAUUUAGCCUACAUUUUAGAACAUCGAAGUAUAAGUCAAGAAUCUUGGCUUGAAAUGCACAAAGUGGUUAAGCCUUCAAGCUGCAUCCGUCGGUUUGCACCAAACUACGUUUCAUCCUCCUGGCAUAGCUACGGUAGACCAGUUUGGCGUGCUGCGCCCAUUUCCCACCUGCUACAAGCAUCUGGUUCAUCGGCACAACUUGGCUAUCGUAUAGCACCACGUGAACGUCCAAUAUUUUUAACACGACCAAAUGAAAAACUGACUGCUGCUUGCGUAGCCGCUUCAAAAUUGAUUUUACGACUACUAUUCUUACCAGACAUAUCAUUAUAUGAACAAUUUCUAGUCGGUAGUUAUUUGUACCAAUUGGCUCUUUGUCAGAAAUCUCUUCAAAAGGAAUAUCUUAUACAAUUGUUGAGUAUGACAUUAAAUUGGCCUGACUCAGCUGGAGACUUAAUAACAUCAGAUGCCGAAGAUGAACCAAGUGAAUUUAAUCCAGAGACUAAAUAUCCAGGAUAUUUCUCCUCAAAACCAAAUAGUCCAGUGAUUGUAAAAUCAUCAGUUUCCGAGGCUGAUAUACAACGACGAGCUUACAGACGCCUUUGGAUGCAUAUUGCAGGAAUGCUUACUUGUGGUCAAUUGUCACAAACGCUUACACCAACCAUAGUUCGCUUUAUAAGGGAACAUGCACCUCCAAGAUCAGCCCAAUUAUGUGAAGACCGUGUUGUAUUGGAACCUUCUAUCAUUCGUUUGUAUCCACCUUCUCUGUUAGAGUGGCGUAUAAAUUACACUGGAACUCAUAUGGGAGUUAAAUUGACAUUUCCUGAUGGUAUAUUGUCAAUUUUCCAUCUUAAUAGUUUUACACGAGCUGAAACAGUAGCCGGUAUGGCUUUAGCUUACAGAACGUAUUCAACUCAAAUCUUUGAGGGUUGGACAAUUAGUCUGAAUUAUGCAUCGAAGGUAUUAGAUGUGCCUGGUUACUUUUAUGUUUUGGAUAUAUUUAGUCAACAGGAACUGCCUAAAGAAUGGUCACAUCUGAACAAUAUACUGCUUCAUCAAGUCUUGCCAACCUAUACAAGACCUAAAGAAAACAAAAGUUCAUUGAAUGAUAACUAUUACAACAGAAAUGGUGAUUCAAUACCUCUGGAAAAUUCACCACCUAGAUUAAAGAAGCAUACAAAUCAAAAUUAUCGAAAAUUAGCGGAUUCAAUACACGGAAUUAAAACUACAACUCAUUCAUACAAUGGUCAUAUGAAAAAAUCAGUUCCAAAUUCGUCCAAUCAUUAUCGUCGUUCUAAUUCACAAGCUGAUUGGUUUAAAGCAGUUCGUUCAAUGGCGUCCAAACGAUUUGCUGAAAGCGUUCGUUCCCAUUCAUCGAUGAGAAGGAGAAGUAUUGAUAAGGACAAAAACUUUAGUCAGUUCCAUUCUUCACCUGCCACUAAUCCACCCACUAGUACCAUUGGAUUUCCACGAUCAAAAUCACCUGGUGAUAUAAUUCAGGACAGUCGACUAUCACAUGCAUCACCAGGAGCUAUUGAAAGUCAAUCUGGUAGAAGAAAUUCAAAUGCACUCCCUCAUGAUAUGCGAUAUUAUGUUUACAAUCAUUCAGCAUGGACAAUACAAAUUAGAAAAGAGUUUAUCACUCCGAGUGAACGUAUACGAACAACUCUAAUCUUAAAUUUAAUUUUUCAUCAAAUUGUUACUGAUAUGAAAGAGGAAACAAAUCUACGUUUAAGUGUAAAAGACCGUUUAGAAUUAUUAUCAGUAAUUGGUUCACAAUACAAUAUUGAUUCACUUGAUUCCGUUCAUAAUAUUCCAAUGGUUAUCAAAAAGAAAACAGUAUUUUGUUCAUUGAACUUACCAAUUUAUUUUGGACGAUUUUAUCCUGUUCAGUCUCUAAAAGUGAAUGCUUCACCUAACCUCAGCCAAUGGCUUGUUGUCAGCCAUCAUGGUAUCAGAUUAGUUUUACAAAAUAAAGACAGUAACGAGUUGAAAAUUCAUAUGAUUUCAACGCUUGGUGAUAUAAAUAAAGUGGUUGCUUCGCGUACAGCGAACAGACCACGUUGGAGAUGUGGAGAUCAAACAUCAAUUAGUGAAUCUCGAGGUAGCGAUUAUGGAAAACCAUCAGAUUAUUUAAAACCUCCUUUAAGCCGAUCAGUUAGUUCGGUUACAUUGAAUUUGCUUUCGCUAACUCACACAAAAGGGACGGAUGAAUUUUAUACAGAUAUGGCAGAAAAGAUUCGUGGACUUAUUGACCUGUUUCUCAGAGAGUAUCAAGAAGAGAUGAAGCGUUGUCAAGAGGCAUCAAAACAUGAACACUUGAGAAGUGGUCUCAAUACACCAAGUUCACCAUUUAACAAUUUCGAUCAGUCAAGUAAAACGUCUACUCCUGAAGUAGCUUUUCGACUAGUAUGUAGCCCUGCCCUGCUUACAGAUGAACUUUCAGAAUCAACUUUGACUCCAACUUCUGAAAUUAUACCAAAAAAGGUGUCCAGUAACAGUAGAAAACCGCCUGUUAUCCCAAGAAGACGUAAUCGCCUUCCUAAUAAGUCAAAUAAUUCACCUUAUACAGUUGUUGACAGUUCUGAUUCACUGUCGUCAGAUUCUGAACUACAUUCACCAACACCUGGUAGUCGAAAAUCGUCUUCAACUGUUGGCAGACGAGUACAGUCACCUAGUAAACAGGAGAAUAAUUUUGAAAAAACCAAAAAAGAAUCUGUCAAUCGUGUUUCUGAAGAUGGUGAUGUUACUCCAGUUUCAUAUCCUUCUGUUAUACCAAGGCAUUCUGCUAGUGAUAUAUCAAGUCAACAAUUGAAGAAUAGACUCAAUGAACAUCCCCUCUUACCGUUUGCACAUCAAAACUUCCUAAAUAGAGACGAUAUAAAACAACAACUUAUUUGGCAGUCUGAGCCACCCAAGGAAGGAUCACUCUUAAAUUUUCCACAAACUGGAGAUAGGAAUGUAUCAAUGAAUAUAUUUACAUUAAUUCAAAGCUUUACCAAAGAAAUUCCUUCUACAUAUCCUCAAUAUGUGAUUUUCAAAUUAUUAGUCCAGACAUUAAAUGAACGACCGUGGUUAUCUGAAGAAUUAUAUUGUCAGUUAACAAAACAAACACUAAAAAUUGAUGCAAAUACUGUUGAUAGUUGUGAACUAACUUGGUUAUUAUGGAAAUUACUGUCGAUCUUCAUUCCAACUACAGAUUCGCUCAGACCAUAUUUAAUUAAGUAUAUUGCAUUUAGAACUGACAUUCAGCAGCCAAAAUUAAAAGCUUGGUUAGAUACAAUAGCUGAAAACAUGGAGAUUGUUUCACGUUUUGGGGCGAGAAAAUACUUGCCUCCCGACGAUGUUUUACAAUUCAUUUUGGAUGGAAAUAUAAUGCAUAAACAAGAGAUAUAUUUUCCUAACAAAAAAAGUACAACUUUACCAUUGGGACAGUUAUUGCUUAUUCAAGAUGUUAUCCACCAUGUGGUCAAUAAACUUGGUGCAAAUUUAAUCGCUCCAGUCAGUGAUUUUGCAUUAUUUCUUACUACUAAAAGUAGUUCAGCUGACACUUUCGAGAAUGAACCACUAAUUCCCCUACAAAUGGACACGUAUAUAUUAGAUGCACCAAUCUAUAAUGAUAAUCUGGUAGUUCAUUUUCGAAGAAUAUGCUGGACUUCACCAUUGGAAUUACAGAAAAUUCCUCGGGCUUAUUUGGACUUUCUAUUUGAUCAAGUUGUUGAAGGAUAUCUAGCAGGCCGUUGGUUACCUGAUAAACAAAGCUAUGAUCCAAAUGAACUAUAUAAAAAAUGCCUCUAUCUGUCGUGUCUGCUACAUCAGAUUACAGACCAGUCUUUAUCUGUUAGUAGUACAGUGGCUGCUUCAUUGAAACCAAAGAAUUUACAAACUUCUACUGAAAAUUGGUCAUCAGAUAUAAAUGCAUUAGUCAAAAUUUCCCCAGUGAAAACUCCUGAAGAAAAUCAGAAAAGCUUUUUAACUUCAAUCAGAGAUUGGACACUUUUUGGAUCCUAUUGUUUCCUUGCUUUUGUUGAAAGUGGUGUAUCACAAAGUUUACCAAAUCCUCAAGUAAUUAUCGCUUUAGCCAAAUCAGGCAUUCAUAUUUUAAAUCCUUCAUCCAACGAAUGUUAUCAGAAUUUCGCCUAUGAAGAUGUUGCAAGUACAAGGGUCAGUUAUAAAGAUGAAAAUGAUUACAGCUGUCAGGGUGCUGUACGUCUAACAACAAGCGACGGUCAACAGUUAAUUUUCCAAUUAGAACAAGCUAAAAUGUUUGUCUUUAUUUUAAGCAGAUACCAGUAUAUACUUUCAGCAAAUCUGUUAGCUUCUGCUUAA